AUGGGCGGUCGUCGACGUACCUCAACAGCGACUGCGCGGGAUGUGUCGGAAAUGAGUCCGACCGGUUCGGACACGUUGCUGUACUCGGAUAAGAAGAAGGAAACUCACCUUCGGUGUGAACGACAACGCCGAGAAGCCAUCAACCGAUUUGCAUACGACUCGGCUUUUAAGCCUUCAUUUCAGAGUGGUUACUCUGACUUGAAAGAAUUGAUACCGCCAACCACUUCUGCUAUGGGAUGCAAGAUCACAAAUGCAGCUAUUCUAUUCAGGUUGUCAUACUACAGAGCAUGCGACUAUAUGACUCAGCUGAAAUCCGAAGUCGAAGCCAGUGAAAAGGAGCUACGACGACUAAAUGCCGAGGUUUCCGCUCUGGAGAUGAUCGCAGCUCAGUACGAGACGAUGGCUGCUGAGGCGCCGUCAAGUAAUUCAUGCUCUCUACAAGCACGCAUGUUACAAAUUCUGAUCGAUGGCUGUUUCUCAACGUUCGUUGAACAAGUAGACUUUUCUUCGUAUGCAUCAAUUACGAGGACGCUUCUUACAUGGGUUGAGCAACUCGCUUCCCAUAAUAAUGCAUUCAAGGUGGAUCAACCCCAACCCCCUUUUGUAGCUGUUAAAGGACAGGAACUUGUGGCAGUCAUUCCUUGGCUGCCAUCUCCGUGA